AUGAACCGCCAGGGAGUCACUCUCCUACUACUACUUAACCUCAGUGCAGCCUUUGACCACUCGAUUUUACUCGACCGUCUGCACACCCACUUUGGCAUCUCGGGCGGGACACGCGCACUCCUGGUUCAUGUCCUACUAGCACCACGAGAUUCCUAUUCAUAUCUAUUCACGGCGAAACAUCAAAGAGGUUUGAGGCAAAGUAUGGCGUUCCACAAGGAUCUUGUCUUGGUCCCACCUUAUUUUUCCUCUACGCAAGCAAGCAGUUCACGAUCAUCGAACUUCAUCACGCGUAUGCUGAUGACACGCAGCUGUACAUCUCCUUCAAUGCCAACUCCAGUGAGGAGCAAUCAGUAGCUCUGGAGAACAUGCAAAAUGAGAGGUUGGAUGCUAUCUGACAGGCUUAAACUAAACGACGAUAAAACAGAAUUCAUCAUCAUGGGAACGAGACAGCAGCUGGCGAAAGUUAAUAUUGAAUCUAUGCGAGUUGGUGACAGUACAACUACACCAGCUAGCGACGUAAAGAACCUUGGUACCUGGUUUGAUCGACAGUUAAGAUGGACACACACAUUAAUAACGGUGGUAAAGCCACUUUUUUCCCACUUAUAUAACAUAAGAAGAUUUAGGAAGUUUCCCCAGUCUUGAUUAAUUGUCCUCAUCUUGGUCAAUGCGUCUGUAACGAGUCUUCUGGAUUAUUGCAACAGCCUCUUGUAUGGCUUGCCUACCAACCUACUGCACAAGCUCCAACGAGUCCAGAAUGCAGCUGCAAGGCUGAUCUGCAAGGUUAGACGCUUCGAUCACAUCACUCCCAUCUUAUUUAGCCUCCACUGGCUGCCAGUUAGAAACAGAAUUCAAUUUAAA